GCCCCGCGUAGCCCUCCAUCCACCACACCCCUCGUCCGCAGCCAUGCAGGCGAUCACUGACAAGCUCAAGGGCACGACGGCGCGUGAGUGGGCAGUGCGCGCUGUGGCAGCGGCUGGGCAUGCGAGAUGCGCACCUCCACCUGAGAGCGCGCCGGCUUGCGGCGCGCAAGUGUCGCUCACGGCACACACAGCAUGCUCACACACACGCCCUGCCAGAGGCCCUCGGCCAGCGCCAGUACAACAGCUGGGGCAUGCCGCUCUUCCACACGGACCCGCUGCUCGACCUCGCGCGCAAGGCGGGCUUCAAGGUCGUCGAGUACGACCUGCCGCCCUAUCCGCUCGUCACCGCCGGCUGGCAGGCGCUCUCGACGCUCGGCUUCAUGGUCGGCACCACGGUGCUCUCCUAUGUGCUCUACUACACCGUCGGCAAGACGUACGCGGCGCGCGUCGGCUGCGUCGGCCUCGUCUCGGCCAUUCUGCUCGCCUGGCCCGUGUUCGCGGGCCGCUCGGGCUGCAUGAUGCUCGACUUCUGGCGCCCGGCUCUGGGCUUCCGCUCUGCACUGCUCGUCUACGACAUCUUCUGCAUCCGCACGCGCGAGGAGGUCGACAACUGGAGCUUCGCGCGCUUUUUCUGCGGCCUCUGGGCCUUCCCGAUGGAGGAGGAGGACAUCGCUGAGCGCGAGAAGCGCGAGGGCUUCAAGCGCAACGCGCGCUGGGAGAACAUGAAGGGCUACCCGAAGGUCUUCAUUGAGGGCAUCAUCUUCCUUGGCACGCUCUACAUCCUGCCGCCGUACGCGAUCGCGCAGACGAUGAGCCAGCUGCAGUACCACCUGUACUGCGACGCCAUGGGCAUCUCGAUCCUGAUGGCGCUGGCGCUCUUCGGCGACGGCCUGCUCAAGGGCAUGGGCAUCAUCCUUGGCAUUGAGAUGCAGGACAUGUUCGAGUCGCCGCUGAGCACGAUCAACAUCCGCCUCUUCUGGUCGCACUGGAACCGCGCCAUCGCCGCGGUGUUCCACCGCGUCAUCUUUGCGGGCGGCAAGAAGAAGGCUGCCAGCAAGCAGAAGGCCGCCGCGAGCAAGCGCGUCGCGCAGCUCGCGCAGGAGAAGCGCAGCCACCUCGACCACCUCUCCGAGACCGAGGCCGAGACGAGCCGCACGGACGACGAGGACGGCGGCGCCCGCGCGCGCAAGAGCGGCCUCAAGAUGACGUCGAGCAAGCAGGCCGAGGCGCCCAAGAAGAGCUCCGCCGCCAGCAAGCCGCCGGCGAAGAAGUCGAGCUUCCUGCCCAAGGCGGCCGCUGCCAUCGUGACCUUUGGCAUGAGCGGCAUCUUCCACGAGCACAUCACGUACAACACGAUGGGCAUCGCAGACGGCCUCAACUUCCUCUUCUUCCUCGCCAACGGUGUUGCUACCGUCGCCUCGACCUGGUUCCGCCGCACCUACCCCGAGCUGAACGCCAAGAUCCCGACGCUGGUGGCCGUGCUGAUGCUGCACACCUUCUUCCUCGCCGUGAUCCCGCUGUUCUGCACGGUCUUCAUCAAGAGCGAGUUCUUCAUCCAGAUGGAGUCGCUCAAGUGGCACCUGCUGCCCGUCGCCAACGCCAAGCGCGGCGCCUUCAUCUACCUCUUCGGCCAGCCGCCGAAGUAAUUAUCCCCCCUCUGCUCCGCCGAGCCGAGCCGCGACGCCCCGCAGCUGCUGCCGUGCAGAGGCAGCCCGAACCCGCAAAUUACCCCUCUUCCUUCUCCGCUCCCUCUUUGGUGCACCAUCUACGCCCACCUGCUCUCUUGUCUCCUCAUUCCCCUUGCCAUGCACAGCACUGUGCCUCACGCAUCUGAUCCGCGAAAUGGGUAUUGCUGGUCGCCGGCUAGUAGCGCACG